AUGUCGGAUUCGGAAGAAUAUGAAUACGAAUACGAUAGUGACGAGCAAUUUGAUAGUGAUGAACAAGAGACAGUAGAAGACAAAGCGAAUGACGAGGAAGCGAUAAAUCAACGCGUAAUCACUCGUGAAGCACAAAUUGCACUGGAAAAUACGUUUUACGAGGCUGAAGAUUUUCGUCAACGUGGUGAAUUGACACAGGCGCUCGAAUAUUUCCAGCGUGUAGUGACGUUAGAGCAAGGAACGACGCCAAUUGAAGAAAGAAAGUGGAGUUUUCAGGCACUUGAGUACGUGGUGAAAAUUUGUGUGAGUCGACACCAAUGGGACGAGAUGCUGCGUCACUAUGAACAAAUGCUCGAACACUUGGCAUUUGUUACACGAAAUGAAAGCACGGAAUCAAUUUCAUCGAUUCUCGACGUAGUGUCCAAUGCUACGGGAAAGAAAGAGGAGAAGAGUAGUGCCAAGUAUACGUCCAAAAUGUAUGAGCUGACGCUGGACAAACUCAAGGAUGUCAAUAACGACAGACUCUGGUUCAGCAUGAACGUUAAGCUGGGAAAGUUGUAUCUGGACAUGCAAGAAUUUGAUCAGCUAGAGAAGCUACUGCAUCAGCUGUAUAGCUACUGUCAGACUUCUGAUGGAGGGCAGGACCAGUCGAAGGCCACGUCGCUACUAGAUGUCUACGCGCUGGAAAUUCAGCUAUGCGUGGAGACUAAGAACGGGGCUAAAAUGCGCGUCAUUUAUCCAAAGACGCUGGAUCUGGAUGCUGCCGUUGCUGACCCGCGAAUCAUGGGCGUUAUUCGCGAGGAGGGUGGCAAGAUGUAUUUAGAAGAGAAAGAAUGGAUGCUCGCGUACAACGAGUUCUUUGAAAGCUUCCGCAAUUACCAGGAAGCUGGCAACUCGCGCGCAACGCGCUGUCUGAAGUAUGUCGUCCUAGCUAACAUGUUGGCUAGCUCGGAUAUUAAUCCAUUUGAUUCGCGUGAAGCAAAGGUAUAUCACGAUGUGGAAGAGAUUGGCGCGAUGCUGCUGCUACGCGGUGCUUAUGAGUCCAACGAUGUUGUGCAAUUCGAGAAGGUUCUACGGAACCCCAAGUACAAACUGCUCAGUGAUCCUAUCAUGAAGCGUUACUUGAACCCACUGCUGCACAACAUUCGACGCCAAGUCAUGAAGACGAUCGUACGUCCGUAUCAAACAAUUCACAUUGAGAGUCUGUCAAAAAGGAUGAAUAUAACCAGGAAGGAUGUCGAAGAUAUCGCCGUUGCACUCAUUCAGAAUCUUGAGUUGGACGCCAAGAUCGACCAAAGUCGAGGGCUUCUUGUGCUACAGACACGAGAAAAAGCUCGAGAUGCUGGCAAGAUGUACGAUGCAUUGGACCACUGGACUCAAGCACUUACCGCGAUGCAUACAUCGAUUACAGCUCGGGUGACGGCACAUCCAUGA